UGCAUCCGCAGCCUCGACACCAGCCGUUUUGGAUCUGGUGCCCACCGGGGCCAGGCGCGUCGGCCAGCGGUGUCACAAGGGGCGCGUCCAUCAAAUGAGCGGUUCGAGGCCCUCUUUUUACCCCCCCCGCGGCACGGGGUCGCUGGGCUCCCGCCGGCCCGCGGCCAACGCCCGCCCCACGCGCGGCGGCCGCAUCGGCGCCGCUGCUCCAGGGAUGCCGCUGGAGCAGGAUCCGACCCAGCACAUGCACAUGAUGCAGGAGAGCAUGCGCAAGGAGCUGCUCGCGUGGAAGUCGCCCGUACAGCUGGCCAAGCUGAUCUCGAACGCGAAGCCGCCGGAGACAAUGCCCUGGCGGCCGCCAGUGCCUGGCGACCAGGUGGCCAUCAGCGGAAUGAGGCGGCGCCCAGAGCUCAACGGGGCCCGCGCGGAGGUGCUCGGCAACGAGGCGGACGAGUUCGGGCGAGUCGUCGUCCGCGUGUUCGAUGGCACGCGGGCCCACAAGAUGAGGGUCCAGCCUUUCAAGCUGCUGCCGACGGGGCCACAGGCCAGCGCCGCCGCGGGCUCCGCGGGGCGCGCCGGCGCCCAGCAGGCCAGGUGCCCAUUGCCACUGGGGGGCUGCCGGCGGGGGCAGCGAGCGAGUGGCGCCGCGGUCCCUGGCUGCGCGCGAGGCCGCGCGGUCGGCGAGCCUGCUGUCCGGCGCUGGCCGCAGCGCGCUCUCCGCGGCGGCGCCGUCGGGGGUGCAGAGCGCCGCCACGAGGCACCUGCCGGGCGGCAUCCUGAGCGCCUCCGCAUCGGCGCCGCAGCUCUGACGCUGACGCUUGCGCGCGCGCGCGCGCCCGCGGGAGGUUCCUCCGCCUCCCGCUGGGCGCCUCGCCUCUCCUCCGCCGCCCGCCACCUGCAAACGCCGGUGGCCCCCAGCCGGUGUGGCGGCCACACCGCGUGGUGAGCUAGUUGGGAUUCGGGUGCACCCCACGGCUUUGCAGGGGCCUUGGGUCGUCCUCCGGGGACGUCUCGGGCGACCAGGGCCUCCGAGGUCCCGAGAUGGUGCGGUGACGCACCGCGAGGGGAGGCUGCCACGCGGUCCGUCCCCUCAUAGUUUCGGGGCCCCGAAGACCGGCAAGCCAUGGGGGGGGAUCGUCAGGGAAGCACCACGAGCGUGGGAACGACCCCCCUCGAGCAGCGCCAGGAGGGCAGGUGCUUUCUUCCCGUCGUUGAGUCCAACUGUUGCUCUCGCCGCUUCCACUGCUCGCUCCCAUUCCGUCGUCUAGCGCGCUCGUCGGUCGACAGCUGUGUGGCCCUCAGCUUGCCAUCUCGCUCCGAGCCCUCUGCUUUUUCGUAGCACCACUGGUCAGUUACCGCCGACGCCGUUUGCACGCCAGUCGGUGGACACCGGCGCUGCGCUGUCUGUAGCCACGCGGCACGGUGAAAAA